AUGGAUUCUGGGUAUUACACAAAUCUCCUAGUUAAUGGUAUUGAAGAAUCUCAAGCAACUCGUAGUGAUGUAAGAAUCCAGCAUGGUCGUGCAAUAGCCAAGAGUUCUCAGGGUAGAAGCAAAAAUUUUAGAGAUGAGGAGGACAUUCUUCUUGUGUCAGCUUGGCUGAAUGUGGGCAUGGAUCCUAUUCAAGGAGUUGAUCAAACACAUGGCACACUAUGGAGAAGGAUACAUGAAUAUUUCAAUGCAAACAUGAAGUUUGACUCAAAUCGUUCUGAAGUUUCUUUAAUGAAUCGAUGGUCCGACAUACAACAUGAUGUGAAUCUGUUUUGUGGAUGUCUGUCUAGGGUUGAGGCUAGGAAUCACAGUGGGUGGUCAAUUGAUGACAAGAUCGCAAAUGCAUGUGUAAUGUUCAAGGCCGAAGACCCAAAGGAUAAGAAGUUUUCAUACCUGCAUUGCUGGAAAAUCUUGAAGGACAAGCCCAAGUGGAUGGAUAGGCGGAAGGAAAUUGGAAAUGCAAAAAAAUCAGCCACGAAGAAACCGAAGACAACGAUAAAUUCUUCUCCAACAUCAGUUGCAAAUGCAAUUGCCGUAGAUGCCCCUCUUGGGGGUGCUGAUCAUGAUGAACCAUCAUGCACACCCGACGGUAAGAAGAAGGAGAAACAAAAGCUACGACAACGUUCGUCCAUGGAAGUUGUAGACUAUCUAAUUGCAAAGAAGAAAGAUUCUGACCUUGAAAAGGACUUGAAGAAAGAGGAGAGGUGCAAUAAAGCCUUUGCUCUACAGGAAGAAAGGAUCAAAUUGGACAAAGAAAAGUUUGCGUUCCAAAGACAGCUCAAAGAGGAUAGAAUAAUUGGUUUGGACCUUAGCACCAUGAACUAUAAACAACAGCAGUAUUAUGAAGAUCGUCAGAAUGAGAUUCUUGCAAGACGUUUCAAUAUCUAGAAUUUUCUAGUUUUAGUUAAGUAUGCUUUGUCAACAAACUUGUUUUAGUUCAACAUUUCAUCUAAGUACCAUCUUGUUCAAGUUUCA